AUGUUCCCUUCACUUUUCAAGAUUGCUGGAGUUAAGCAUGGCUCAGUUCGAGAUCACAUUUCUGAAGACAAUAAUUGUUGGUCCUUUCAUUUCAAAAGAAUCCUUAGAGAUGUUGAAGUAACCCAACUCAUGUCCAUGUUGUUGCUAAUCGGGGAUUCUCCCCCAUCUCUGUCUAACUUGCCUGAUUCAAGGUCAUGGACUCCAUCAUCUUCUGGCACUUUUAGUGUCAAAUCCACUUACUUAUCGCUCUCGGAGUUCCCUCGGGAUCCUUCAUCCCCUCCUUUCCCGUACAAGUCCAUCUGGAACAACCAUGUCCCCCCAAAGGUAUGUUUCUUUUAUUGGACUGCAGCACUAUGUAAAAUUUCCACUCAAGAUUCCCUCCAGCAUAGAUCUUACAGUCUCGCGAGCCGUUGUCCCUUGUGCAAAUCUGAGCGUGAAUCUACCCAACACCUUUUACUGUCCAGCCAAUUCACUCGAACAGUAUGGUCUCUAAUCCUCCCCAACCAUAUCCCUUGGAAUCCACCACCAUCAAUUAUCCACCUCGCUCAAUCUUGGUCAUUUAAAGACAUUAAUGGUCUGGCAAAGGAAAUUUGGGACAUGGUUCCGGCGGCUAUUAUAUGGGUUAUCUGGAAUGAGCGAAACAACCGAAUCUUUGAAGAAAACUAUCUUUCGAAUUUUCAAAUCAGUGUGGAGGUCAAAGCAUUGAUCUUGGCUUGGAGCUCUGCCUUCAAAAGGAAUUUCAACUUCAGGCUUGAUGAGUGCAUAUUUUCUUGGGAAAGCAUGUUCCACUGA